GUGACAUCUGACAUCCAGCACAAGCAACUAAUCCUCGCGGCCUCGUCAGGCGCCACACCGACACUGCUCCUCUGCAACCGCGCGAGAGAGCACCAUGGCCAAGGGUCACAUCCUGGUGCUGCCAUUCCCGGCGCAGGGCCACGUCACCCCGUUCAUGAAGCUCUCCCACCGCCUGGUCGACCACGGCUUCGAGGUCACCUUCGUCAACACUGAAGCGGAUCACUCGCGGGUGCUCGGCGCGCUGCAGCCGGCGGGCGGCGCCACAGCGCUGGGCGGCAUCCACCUCGCAUCCAUCCCUGACGGGCUGGCCGACGACGACGACCGCAGGAACCUCGGCAAGCUCCUGGACGCCUGCUCCUGGCACGUGCCGGGGCACCUGGAGCGGCUUGUCACCGAGAUGGAGGCGGCCGGGAGGCCCAAGGUGAACUGGCUCGUCGGCGACAUGGUCAUGAGUCCCUGCUUCGAGGUCGCCAAGAAGCUCGGCAUCAGGGUCGCCUCGUUCUGGACGGCGUCGGCGGCGUGCUUAGCAAUCAUGCGGAACGCCUCCAAGCUGAUAGAGGAAGGACUCAUCAACGUCGAGGGUUGGGCAGAGCGGGACGAGACGUUCCAGCUCGCCCCCGGGAUGCCGGCGAUCCAGACAUCGCGGAUGCCGUGGCUGGACGGGACGGGCACGCCGGUAGGGCCACCGGCCAUGCUCGAGCUGAUCCUACGGUUCGCCAAGCUCAAGAGCCUCGCCGAGGUGGUCGUCUGCAACUCGUUCGACGAGGCCGAGGUCGGCGCGUUCAAGCUGUACCCUGAAUUCCUGCCCAUCGGCCCGCUGGUCGCCGACCGGGAGCUCAAGAAGCCGGUGGGCCACUUCCUGCCGGAGGACGAGCGGUGCGUCAAGUGGCUGGACGCGCGGCCGGACCGGUCCGUCGUGUACGUGGCCUUCGGCAGCAUGGCCAUCUUCGACCCGCGCCAGUUCGAGGAGCUCGCCGAGGGGCUCGAGCUCGCCGGCCGGCCGUUCCUGUGGGUGGUGCGGCCGGACUUCGCCGCCGGCCUGAGCGAGUCGUGGUUCGCCGAGUUCCGGCAACGCGUCGCCGGCACGGGCAUGAUCGUCAGCUGGUGCCCCCAGCAGCAGGUCCUGGCGCACCGCGCGGUGGCGUGCUUCGUGUCGCACUGCGGGUGGAACUCAACCAUGGAGGGCGUGAGGAACGGGGUGCCGUUCCUGUGUUGGCCCUACUUCACCGACCAGUUCAUAGACCGGAGCUACAUCACCAACGUGUGGCGGACCGGUCUGGCAGUGUCGCCCAACGCGGACGGCAUCGUGACCAAGGAGGAGCUGAGGAGCAAGGUGGAGCAGGUCCUCGGCGACGGCGACAUCAGGGAGAGGGCUCGGGUCUUCAUGGAUGCUUCUCGCCGGUGCAUCAGAGGAAGUGGAUCGUCGUGCGAGAACUUCAACAAGUUUGUGAACCUGCUAAGUGAAUGAAAACGAUAUGAUGCACGAGAUCGUGCAUGUAAACUCGUGGGGUACCUCAGCUAGUCGAUUGUGUACACUUGCAUAAAUAGAUUGAAAAUCUAUCAGAUAAAAAAAACAUGUACCUUCCUUUCAAGAAAGGAAAAGUUAAAAGAAAAUGCAGGGUUGCAGCUAUAAAUUUCUUC